CUGUAAAGCAGAGAUUCCUAAAGUCUGAGUUAAGAGGAUAAGAAAUGAACUAAACUGAAAAUGAUUGCUGCAGUGGUUGACAAUCAAGAAUAUUUAAUUCCAAUGUAACAUCUCCAUUUUGUAUUUCUAAUUCUGUAAAAAUGUAAUUGAAAAAUAUUAAAAUAUAAAAAAAACUGGGUGGAACGUUGCAGUAACCUCACAAGUCCACCAGAUGGCAGCAGUCCAACACGUUGAAUGUGGGGCAGCAGUUUAAAAGCCAAGAAGGAAGAAGACGCUUUUAUUUUGAAGUCGCCCAAGUAUUAUGUUACUUUGAAAUCUGUCUAGGAUUUAUUUCCGGAAGUCGAUUCCCCCCCAUCUAUCGCUCCGAGUCUUCGAUGAGGACUUCCAUGGAUCAGUCUGAAUGAAUUUUCUGAUUCUUCGUGGCGUGUAAAUCACCAGUUAUCGCAGCGUGGACAUGCAGAUCCUGACCCCGCAGGUUUUCUGGGCGCAGCGGCACGGAGAGAUUUUUCUCCGGGUGGAACUGAGCGACGCUUCGGAUGUUGAUAUCAGUUUGCAGGGGCACAACACACUCCAGUUCAGAGCUCAGGGUCAUGGAGCUAAAGGAGACAACCAGUACGAGUUCAGCCUGGAGUUCCUGGAACCAGUUAAAUCUGAGAUCCACCAAAAGUCGACGCAGCGCCAGGUGGACAUUAAGAUCCGGAAGCGGGACGAGCGCUGGUGGGAGCGGCUGACGCUGCGGGAGAAGAAGCCGCUGUUUCUGGCUCCGGACUUCGACCGCUGGUUGGAUGAGUCGGAUGCUGAGAUGGAGCUAAAGGCCAAGGAGGAGAAGAUCAACAAGAUCAGCGUGGAGUCGAGAGUUCGUAAAGAUCCCUACAUCGGCCUGAAGAAGGGAUACCUGUUCAUGUACAACCUGGUGCAGUUCCUGGGAUUCUCCUGGAUCUUCGUCAACAUGACCGUUCGACUCUUCAUCCUCGGUCAAGACUCGUUCUACGACACCUUCCACACCACGGCAGACAUGAUGUACUUCUGCCAGAUGAUGGCCGUGCUGGAGGUCGUCAACCCCUUACUGGGUCUGGUUAAAACCGGAUUCUUCCCUGCGAUGAUCCAGGUGGCGGGGCGGAACGUCAUUUUGUUCGUCAUCUUCGGCUGCCUGGACGAGAUGCAGAACAAGGCCGUGGUGUUCUUUGUCUUCUACCUGUGGAGCUCCAUCGAGAUCUUCAGAUACCCGUUCUACAUGCUGGCCUGCAUCGGCACGGACUGGAAGCUGCUGACGUGGCUCAGGUACAGCCUGUGGAUCCCUCUGUACCCGCUGGGGGUCGUAGCUGAAGCGGUGGCCGUGAUCCAGUCCCUGCCCAUCUUUGACGAGACGCGUCUGUUCAGCGUCCCGCUGCCCUCCGCGCUCGGACACUCGUUAAGUUUCUCCUACACGCUGCAGCUCUACCUGGUCCUCAUGUUUCUGGGACUCUUCAUUAACUUCAGACAUCUGUACAAGCAGAGACAGAGACGAUACCGAUCCCGGAAAAGGAAAGUCCACUAACGGAUCCACUUCCUGUCUUUCUCCUGACCUGAUCAGGGGUUUGGUUUCUCUCCAAUGCCUUCUCCUCCACUUCAGACUUUAUCCCGUCACGUCCUGCUCUCACUGAAUCUAUUAUUAUUUAAAGGAGCAAAUGAUACGUUUAAAACAUCAAUGGGCAUAAAAUAAGUUUUUAUUUUAAAUGUGACUAAAUCUGAUUAUUUUAGGUUUUGACAAAAAAAUAUUUUGUUAGAAUCCGAUGCGUAAUAUUAUUAUUUCAUAASACAAAACUAUGAACAAUGAGAAAUGUGUUUAAUUAAAAACUAAAGAAACAAUUGUUCAACAAUAAACUAGACAUGCAGCAUUUUAAUAAAACACAUUCGGUUGUCAUUUUUGUGGGAAAAGUUUUUGUACACUGCAAAAAAGUAUUUGUGGUUUAGUUUCUAGUCCAAAUAUCUUAAUAUAAUUGAAUUAAAACAAAACUAAAUUACAAGUAAGUUUUCAGUAAGAUACAGCAGCCAGUGUUAAGUCAAUAAUUCCCUUAUAUUGAUGGAAAAGGUUCUAGUUUACCGGUAAUUAUUUCUGUUAUAAGUGAAGCACUUUUUCAUUAAUAUUAAGCAAUUAAUAUAAAAAAAAUUACUUGUAAGUUAGUUUUGUCUGAUUUCAAGUGAGCUAAAAAUAUUUCCACUAAAAAAUUAUCCCAAUAAUAGUUGGUAAAAUGUUAUUUUUGCAGUGUAAAUCAUCACAGAACCAAAACAAAAAUAAUUUUCAAAGGUGCCUUUUUCAAAGAAACAAGUUUUUUCUCAUCUGUUUGGAGAAACAACUUGAUUUGGAUCCGUCUCUUUCUGUCGAAUUUAAUAGAUUAACUGUAGAUUUGAGCAAAAAAGCUGCUGGAUAAAUUUUUUUUAAAUGAAGGAACAUAAAAGCAUCAAUACUUGCAUUUAAUAUUCCAAUAUUUCAGUAAUAAUUUUGCUCUAAUUGAAAAAUAAAUUGCACUUUGGACACAGCUGAUGUUACAAACGUUUGUUUUGCACAGCUUUAAAACAUUUSUUACAUGUAUAUAUAUUUGUUUUAACUUCUGGGACAUAAAAACUCCCAAACAUAAAUAUUUGAAUAAAAAAUACACAAUUUGCACCACUGUUAAAUAAAUGGUAUGUAUAAAUAAAAAAUGAUUGAAGACGGACAAAAAAAAUCAUAUUUUUUAAAAAGCUGAUAAUUUAUGUGCAAUGAUGAUAAUUAUAAUAAGUCAAUUGGUUUUUGUUAGAAAAUGCUCAUUUGCUGGUUUUAUUUCGGUUUUUUUAAUAACUUUAGUUCAGAAACUCAUGCAGUCUGGUUUAAUUAAGGGCUUGAACUUUAACACAUUAAUUUUAUUAAUUAAAUGUGGAAAAAUAAACACAUUCAAUAUGUUUGGUUGAAAAAAGUAAAGCCAGAAAAUCCCAAAUGCUUUAAUCCAAAUUAAUUUUUGUUUAUUGAUUAGAAAAUACUUAAAUAUCAGUUUGUACUUUAACAAAUGUUGGUAUUUGAUGGAAAUGUGAUUUACUGAUUAUUUUAUUCUGCACGUAUCUUUUAUUUUGGAUAUAAAUGACGGUUUCUGCAUGGGAAAAGACCAAUGCAUGAUUUUAAUAGCUGUUCUUCUGCUGCACUAUCAGUUCGGUAACAAUCAUGCCGAUCUCUGUGGUGCGUUCAAAGACACUGUGUUUUUGACAAGUCAGAACAUUUUGUAAUAUUUAAAAUAAAAAAGUUGGGAUAAAAACAAUGUAGAGAUUUUUUGAUGCAACGUUUAUGAACCUCAACUUUUAGCUGCGUCAAUUUUUUCAUCCUCAUCUGUGAUAUUUAUCAUAUUAAUCUCAAUUCACCAAAUUUACAACAUUAUCUUUUCAGCUAAAACAAAACCAGAGCAUGGACAGAAAACAGAAUAUAAAGGAUGAUGUUGAUUGCCUUUCUUAAUUUAUCAAUAUUAAUUCUCAAACUAGUAAAAUCUUUGGGAAACGUCUCAACGAAGAGGUGAAUUUUGCAUUUUCUAGAGCUAAAAUGUCUUUCAGGGAGAUUUUAGCAUCAGCUGUUACUCCAGUUAGCUGGUUUAAAAUGUCCUUUUUCAGGUCUGAAACUUGAAUAAAACAGCAACAACGGGUAAUAUUGGAGCAACUGUGGGCCACAUUAAUUUGGUCCACAUUGUUAUAUUUUCAUUAAUUAAAUCCAAAGCAAAUGUCCAUUUUGCUUUAGAAACUAGUAAGUGUAAAAGUUUUAUUAGCAGCAGGUUGUUUUCCUCUGCUCCUAAAGUUCAAUCUAAACUAACAAAAUAAAUAUUUCUUUAGCUGUUGACAUAUAUGAACACUUCACAUUUUCUGCAAUUAAAACCACUAAAAGAAACGCAACUGUGUUUAUAAACUUGCGUCAUGCAGUUUGGACUAUCUCAGUUCCUGAGCUGGGUUUUAUAAGCAAUUAGCAACUGUUUGCUAAUGGCUACGUUUUUAUUAUUAUUUUUUAUCUAUUGGCACAAUGUCGGCCAAGCCGCCCUGAAGAAAGAGCCAUAUAAUAUAUUUUAAUUUCCUUUUUAUGCUUAAAUUCGCAGCUGCUUUUCUGCGUUCAUUUUCUGCGUAUCUUAGUCCAUCAAAACGGCGCAAAAACACCGGUUAUGGAGCAACGUAGCGCAGUUUAGCUCACCUGGAAUCAACGACGACGAUAGAAACUCCGAUCAGUUUAAUGGCUGCACACAUACCCGUAAAAAUAGUUAAUUAUUAUGACUAUAGCCGCUCAGACAGCCUCUAUCUGCCGCAGUGCCUUUUUUUUUUUAGCUCAUUUUCGGAGAAUCUCCAUAAUCAACGGCCGCCAUGUUUGUUAUUCUCCUGUUCAAUACUAGCUAACUCAGAGCUGCCCUCUAGUGGCUGAAUGGUUCAACAACAUUAAAAGCAUGAAGGCAGUGGCACUUUAAAACGUUAAGAUCGCACCUACUUAGACGCACAAGGGGAGCGUAAAUAAGCUUUAAAAAAAUAAAAAUAAAGUCAUAAAAUUAUGUAAAUAAAGUUGAAAUGACAAAAUCAUAGUAUUAUCAGAAUAUUAUGCGUGUGUUCUCAUAAUGACUUUAUUUUCAUUAUUUUGACUUUACAGUCAUAAUAUUAAGACUUUAUUCUCAUUUCGACUUUAUCACAGUUCUAUUUUUUCCUUAGUAUGGGUUUAAUACUCAAAACAUUUUCUGAAUGUCACUAUUUUUUCUCUCCUGCGUUUAUUAAUUUUUACACCAUGGGCUUCAACACUCUUAAGUGAUAUGUCAAAUUUAAUGUUUCUGAAUUCAGACAGUUUUUACUUUAAAAAGCAAAAACGUUUGAGUUUUAUCCCAUCUGCAGGGUGAAAACCUGCUUCUCAGCACAUUUUACUGAUUUUUAACAUAUCAGUUUGUUCACCUGUAUAUUAUUUUAUUUUAUUUUUAUUUAUAAAUAUAAGCCUUAUAGACUACUCUUCUGUGAGUACUAAGAUCUGUACUUUUGUGUUUUUCUUGGACCUUUAUGCUGGAAGAUUUGGACCAGUGGUGUGCCAGUCUCCUUAAAUAAUGAAGAAUAUUUUCUCCUGUUGAUUUUCUAAGUUUUCUUUUGCGUUUUGUGUCUUUCAAAUGGUUACAAAGUUGUGAUUUAGGUGCCAAUCAUGGCGCCAAGAACAGUGUGGCGUUUGAUUGGGGAAUCUUUUAGCAGCCGGAUGAACUGAAAUAAAAACUACUACUAAAAACGAAGCAGCAGGAGAGGAAAACUUAUGUUUUACUUUUAUUGUUUCUCUCAGAUUACUUUGAGUGUUUUUAAAGUUUAUUUUACAACAUGAAAAUGUUUGGGCUGUGAGUCUUUUCUAGACUGUUUUAUGAUUUAUUUUGCAUCUCAAAGGUUUCAUCCAAGGCUGUCACUUUUUUUUUUAUUUAAUGUUCUGUGUGAUAUAGCUUUAGCAUUGUAAAAUAAAGACCUUUGAAUA